AUGCUGUGCUCAAGCCCCGAAACCGUCGCUCGGGAAAUGGCCACCCUGCUUCGACGCCAGGGACGUUGUUGGAGGAGAGGGCGUUGUGUUCCUCGUGGCUUCGGCUCGGCAUUGCAGAGGCACCGGGCGACUAUGGCCGAGCAGGCACAGGCCAACAAAGAUUCCGCAUUUAUCGACUGGACGUGGGCGGCCCUUCCCUGGCGGCACGGCGAAGAAGGCGGCGGUCUGGGCAGAGUGGCAGACAAGUUUGGCCUCAUUCUUCUCAGCACGCCCAUGUCGCGGGAACUGCUGGAUGCUACAUGGUCCAUGACUGGGAGGCACAUUGUAGCAGAUGGAGGUGCCAAGGUUCUUUUAGCCACAGCCCCGGAGCUUCUCCCAGACCUGAUCGUUGGAGACUUCGAUUCGGCGCCGGAAGCAGUUCUUCAGGCUUAUCGAGAGAAGGGGGUUGAGGUUCAAGACUUGUCACACGAUCAAGACACUACCGAUCUGGAGAAGUGCCUCCAAGCGGCAAAGGAAGCUGGCUGUGAGCGCGUUUGCGUCGUGGGACAGUUU